CUUCUCCAGAAAUUAGAAACCGCGCUUCGGAGGAGACGAGAAGCGAGCGAGUGAGCGGGGGAAGAGCCAGCCCGUCAGCCCCGAUCCAAAGGCAACCAGCCCCUGUAAUUUCUGCCUGCCUUUUCAGGCUCACCAACCCCAGCGCCGCGUCCUUCGCUCCAUCCGUGUCCCUGAUCUGCUUGAGCUCGCGUCUGCCCGAUCCGCCCCCUCUGCUCUCCGCUUGGAGCCCCUUCUGCUGGGAGCCCGGAAGCCUUCGGCCAACAGAGCGCUCCAGGCUUAGAAGAUGAUGAAACCUCUGACCUUUUUCUAUACCAGUUCUCCAAAACCUGAUAAAGAAUGUGAGGCUAAAAGCAAGGCAGCCAAUCCUUCAACAUCAUCUGAGUCGGAACUUGACUCCAUGUCGCUUGAAUCAUCAACAGAAGAAGCUCAUCCAAAGGACAACAUGAAAACUGAAAACCACAGGCAGGAUUCGGCCCUUGGGUACCCUCCUGGAUCGCCUUCAGAAACCAAUGGGACAUGCCCUUGUACUCCAGAGCAGAAGAAGAAGAAGAAGAAAAAGAAAGGAAUACGGGGGAAAAUUAUUGGUGCCCUGUACGACAUUACUGUUGGGAAAAGCAAAGUAAGGCCCUUAAGAAUAGAAAAGGACCCUCCAAAGGAAGAAAGCCAGCCAAUUACAGUUGAUCAAAUCAGAGAGCUGAUUAAGGAUCAAAAAUUCUUUGAUGCCAGCCAGCAUCUCCUGGUCAUGGAGAAGGAAUGCAACGGUGACUCUGACAGCAACAGCAAAGAGGAAAAUAUGGACAAUCAGAAUGAAAUUGAAGAUCUGUUUGGACUUUUGAAGCAAGAGGUCCUCAGGAUCAUACGUUCAUCUGUUAACAUAGGACAGGCUGAGCCAGAACUGCUACAGGAUGCAGUGAGAACUGUAGCAGAACAGGUGGAGGAGGAUGACAGAUGUGCGUUGGAAGAAAAGGCAUCUGGGAAACCUGUGCGUUCCCGGCCCAGAAAAUGGAAGGAGGAUUGGAGGAAUACAGUCCAGGCGUCUGUAACCGAGCGAAUGAAAGAGCCUCCAUUUGAUGUUAACGAGGGUCUCUCAACAACCGCUUACAGCUUCCGACACCUGGGGAAGACUAUGAAACAGGACCUGAUCACAGUGGUGCAGUAUGUUAAACCUCAUUACCCUGAGCAUUUUCAAGUGUGCAGCACCUAUGCAGAGGUUUACCACCAUUGCUUCUCUUCUCAACUAGAGACAAUUGUUCAGUUUGAACUGGGCAUCAAGGACACUUAUCUUCUCCUCACUUGGGUGUGGAAUAUUUAUCCAAAUGAAAUCAGAAAUCACCCGGUCUUAGUGAAAGAGUUGGACAAAGCCAGUCUUGGGAGCCUUUUGCCACUCAAAGAGAUCAGAGAGCUUGAAGCGACAUACCUGGCUAAUGAAGCGGAUUCUGUUAAACGCUGGCUGACCAAGUGUCUGGAAAUGGAAGUCACAAAGUGGACACAAGGGAAGGAACCAGAGAAACUAGAUGGUCAUUUUCACAGUGAACUACAAAUAGAUGCCAUCCGGACUAUCUACGGAGGACAAAAACGUGCUGAAGGCAUUAGGGCAGACCUGGGCAAGCAAAUAUCAGCAUUGCUUUUGGAAGAGCUCUUGGCCUUUUUACAAAGCUAUAAGAAGGAACUGGACAUUUUCAUUAAAGAGAACAAGCAGCACCGACACUUUGAAGCAACAAUAAUUGCAAACAUUAACAAUUGCUUGAGUUUUCGAACCCACACGAAAGAAAGUGCAAUACCGGGACAGGAUUAUCUCAAAGUGAAAAUGUUUAACACCCUUAAUGAAAUUCAGAAUGCUGGAUUCGAUGUGCUCCUUCAAAGCCUGUUUCAGGAACUACAGACUCUUUUUAAAAAGUUUACCCAGAAGAAAUGGGUCUCCUGCACUAAUGUCAUGGAUGAAAUCAUAGCAACCACCAGCCACUAUGUGUCUACGUUCAAGACUCUCAAAGACCCUCUUCACCAGGCGAUUAUGGGGAAAAUUCACCUCUAUCUGGUCCAAGAACAUAUUGCUAGGGUUAUGAGGAAGAAGGUUAGCCUGAGGACCCCAGAACUGCAAAAUAACUUGUCUGAGCUCAUCCGAAAAAACGCCUCCAUUCUGUGCACCUUUUGCACAGAGAAUGGAUCCAAUGCCAAAUGGCUGGAUUUUGCUCUCCCAAGCCUGGCCGAAAUCAUCAAGCUCCAAGAUACAGCCGCCAUCAUGGUUGAAGUUGGCGUGCUUGCCAGUAAAUAUCCUGAUGUCAGCAAGAAACAUCUAUCUGCUAUCUUGUACAUCAAGGGAAACUUGUCCAGUAGCGAAACAAGAAGCAUCCUGAGUGUGCUGGACAUUGGAGUAAAUGCCACGUUGCCCCCCAUGUCACUGUUUUCAACAAUCCGGGUGUCGUAAGGAUGCCUGUUGGUGCUUGCUUCGCUCAAAUAGUUGCCAUUCACGGGGAACCUGAAUUCAGCACCAGCCUUCCCCCAAAAACCAAACCUGGGGUUGUUUUGCUGAUUUUCAACUGGUCCUAGUUUUGGAAAAGUGAUUUGUUCUUUAUGCCACUAUAAGAGCGUCAGGGUGGAAUGGAAAUUGGGGUGGCUCACUGCCUGAAAAGUCCCACUACGGAAAAGAUCCUGUGAGGUCUCCAGUAUUUCCUUUGGUGCCUUGGUUUUCCUGAUCUAGAAAAUGGGGGAAUCACCUUCAAGCUACCUCCUUUUGGUGGUAAUGGAGUGAUUCCAAAAGACUCCUUCAUUUCCUGUUGUUGGUAAAAGCACUGAAGAGAAAAGUAUAGUAGUGCUUUGGAUAUGGUUUCUCCUGAAAGGGGAAAAGAAAGAAUCCUUUGUUAAAUUGAUGGAGGAAACAGGAAACGUACUCCAUAUGUAAAUAGCACUCUGAAUGUGGUCUUGAUAAAAAAAAAAAAAAAUUCAAGCAGAAAUUCUCAGGAGCUGCUUCUUCUAAUGAAAAGUCCUUCUGGACUCUGGAUGGAAGGAAGUGUGAAAUUAUUUUUGCUCAGUUAUAUGUAUGAACAGAGAAACGGUAUUUUAUUCAGCAACGUGGCAAUAGCCCAUGUAAUAUCACAAGAGCUGGUGUGGUGUAGUGGUUAUAGUGCUAGGCUUGGAUCUGGGUUCAAAUUCCCACCACAAAGGGUGAUUUUCCUGCCACAAAGUCACUCUGUCUGCUUUUAUCUUUUUGUACACCACUUCGAUGGCUUCAGGCUGUGAAGCAGUUCAUAAAUUUGUAAAAUAACCAACCUCACAGGAUUGUUGUGAAGAGAUAAAUGGGAUAAUCUCAUGUAUGUUCCCUUCAGCUGCUUGGAGCAAGAGCAGAAUACAAAUGUUGAUAAUAAUAAUAAUAUUGUUAAUAUUUCUAUAAAACAACUGUAAAUGUGAAUAUGCCGCUGGACACACUAUGCUACAGUGUUUGCUUCUCAAUUAUCUGAUCCAUGGUGAUGUAACAGUGUUUUGUUAAGACAUUUGAUAUGUGCCUUCAAGUUGAUUACGACUUAUGGCGACCUUAUGAAUCGGUGACCUCCAAGAGCAUCUGUCAUGAACUGUUAAGACAUAGUUCUAUAAAAUAAAUGUGUUAUAAUAUCUGGGAAAA